GAGCCCGCCAACUUGCACCUGCUCCACCUGCUCUACCUGGGUGUGGACGUGACGGCGCUGGUGGUGGAGCACGGGCCCCCGGCCAAGGGCGGGCCCCUGGGCACGGCGCCCUCGCGCCGCGUGCCCUCCGGCGGCGGCGGCUCCGCGCCGCUGCCCAGCAGCCUGGCCGGGGGCGGCGCACCGCGAGCGGCGGCCGGGGCGGCCGGGGGCCUCGUCCCGGCCGAGUACUGGGAGAGCUACGGCGAGCGCCGUGGGCCUGGGCCUCCCAUGGGUCUGGGCCUCCCAGACGGGGGUCAGAGCCGGACAUGA